AUGAGUUUCGGAACUGAUAUAUUUGGUGACUCAUACCCCCUUUUUUUUUCUUUUCUCCUCUCUAAUGAUUUAUUGCAGGGCGAUGAAAAAAUUGCAGUUUCUCAAGUGGGUGAUGUGCUACGUGCUUUAGGCCAGAAUCCAACCGAUGCUGAAAUUGGGAAAUGCUGCUCGCAUUGGAAUGACCCAGACAUGCGAAUCACAUUUGAGGACUUCGUUCCAAUAUACCAGCAGGUGAAUAAGAACCGAGAAAACCAUACUUUAGAGGAAUUUGUUGAUGGUCUCGCUCAUUUUGAUAAAGAGGGUAAUGGAUUUAUUAAUGUUGCCGAAUUACGUCAUUUACUGACUACGCUAGGUGAAAGACUGUCUGAUGAGGAGGUAGAAAAUGUGACUUUGGUUGACCAGCUUCUGGCAGGCCACGAAGAUGCCCACGGCAAUAUUAAUAUUUCCGACUUCGUUCGAGCAAUAAUGAAUGCUUAA